CUCCUGUACAGCUGUAUGACCUACAUCAUUAUUCUGUCCUGGGCUUUGCUCUACCUGGUGUUCUCCUUUAGCUCCCAGCUCCCCUGGGCCAGCUGCAACAACUACUGGAACACAGAUGACUGUGUAGACUUUUCACAAAGAAAUAUCACCAUCCAAUGGACCAACCAGACUAACUCAACCUCUGCUGCCACAGAAUUUUGGGAACGACGAGUGCUGGCUAUUUCAGGGGGGAUUGAGGAGACAGGCAGAAUCAGGUGGGAGGUGCUGUUGUGUUUAAUUGUCAUGUGGAUCAUCUGCUACUUUUGUAUCUGGAAAGGAGUCAAAUCUACAGGGAAGGUGGUUUAUUUCACUGCUACCUUCCCCUAUCUGAUGUUGUUAAUUCUUUUGGUCCGUGGACUCUCUCUUCCCGGUGCUCUACAAGGAAUAAUGUUUUAUCUUCUGCCUGAUCCCUCACGACUCACAGACCCUCAGGUGUGGAUGGAGGCUGGGGCUCAGAUCUUCUUCUCAUACAGUGUGGGUGUGGGCUCCUUAACUGUGCUAGGCAGCUACAACACCUACAACAACAACUGCUAUAAAGACUGUCUGUGGCUGUGUUUUCUGAACAGUGGUACUAGCGUGGUCGCUGGGUUUGCAGUCUUCUCAGUACUGGGCUUCAUGGCCAACGAGCAGGGCGUUCCCAUUGCAGAAGUGGCCGAGUCAGGUCCAGGCCUGGCAUUCAUCGCAUAUCCUCAGGCUGUAGCCAUGAUGCCUCUGCCUCAACUGUGGUCCGUCUGUUUCUUCGUCAUGCUCAUUCUCUUGGGUCUGGACACACAAUUUGUCGUCAUGGAGGUGGUGAUGACGUCCAUCAUAGAUAUGUUUCCCACUGUAAUGCGCAGACCAGGCCGACGGGAAUAUUUCCUCCUCCUCUUCUGCCUCAUGUGCUUCUUUUCUCAGCUUGUCAUGAUCACUGAGGGAGGGAUGUAUGUGUUUCAGCUGUUUGACUACUAUGCUUGUAACGGAGCCUGCAUCCUCUUCCUCUGUGUGUUUGAAACCCUGGCACUGGGAUGGAUAUUUGGGGCUGAGCGGUUGUACGGCAUCAUAAAGGACAUGACAGGUGUGCACGCCAACCCGUUCUUCAAAAUCUGCUGGCUCUUCCUCACACCACUGGUCUCACUUGCUUCUUUCAUAUGUUCUUUAGUGAAGUACCAGCCUCUGACCUUCAAUCGCUGGUAUGUGUACCCAGUCUGGGCAUACGUGUUGGGCUGGGUACUGGCCCUGUCCUCCAUCCUACUUGUGCCAGGGUGGGCAUUAUAUAAGCUAGCAACUGGAAGCGGAACCCUCAGAGAGCGUUUCCAACAUCUGUGCCAGCCUGACCCUGACCUCUCACUGGCCAAAAACACAGAAGCUGAGCUGCAGCACAUCAGAGAAGAAGAUCCAGAAUGGCUCACCACCUGAUAUGAAAGGUUACCUGAUCCUGAACUCUUAAAUGCAUAAUGGGUCCAAUUAAGAUCCAGCACUAGGUGGACUGGUUACUCAUUGUGAUAUUACUCUCUCAGCUCUUCUUCAGGGAAGUCUAUACUUUUAUCUUUUUUUUUUCAGCUGUAUUGGGCUGAUUACAGAUAUUGUACUUUUGAAGAAAAUAUCACAAGUAAUAUUGCACGCGUUCUGAUAAAUGGUUGACAUAAAACUGAUAAAACUGAUAUUGAUAUUACGUUGACAUUUCUUUGCUGAUGAAAUGUGAAUCUUCUCAAACUAAAAUCACCAUCUGAUACCUAAAAAGUCUGCAAAAUUGUAUAGUAAAAGUGUUCAAAUAAUUGUGAAAUAAAUGGCAUCUGUGCAAAUGCUGCUGUUUAAAUUUCAAGAGAUUAUAUGUAUAUAUAUCAAGACAUUAGAUGAGCAAUGUCUCUUGGAAAACAUGUUCAACAGUUUCUGUGACAACAAGGUGCUUAUAAUAAUUAUCUUCACAUC